AUGCAAUCACGAAGUGCAAAAUUAGUUAGUGCUGCUUUACGCAACGAUAUAUCUGUAGCCGAGUGGUCUAUCUUGCCGUCAACAAGCAGUGGCAUUCAAAACUCGGUGCAAGCAUCAAGCUCGGAGCAUGUUGUGGUGCCGCACUUUUUGCUAGAUACAGGGUCUGAUUUUGAUUCUGAUGACUCAGUAUUGGAUAAAACUUACGAAUUACCAAAAGCAUGGGAAAAAAUCAGCGAUAGUGAUGGCUUUGACUCAGAAGACUUUAUACCAUGUUCGCAGCCAAUUUCAAAAAGAAUAAUUUUAGAAUCACCGGAAUACUCAGAUGAAGAAACAACGGUACAACUGACUAAGAAAGGAACUAUUAGAAAGCGCAAAACUUAUAACGUUAGCAUAAAGGAUCGAAAGAGACUGAAGACUGAGGAAAAAAUAAAACUCAAAUAUUUUGUAAAACCUGGAUGCCGCGAGGAUAUCUGCAAGAAAAAGUGUUCAGCACGUUUUUCAGAAGAGUAUCGUAAGAUAGUAAAUAGCAAUUUUCGAAAAAUGACAUGGAUGGAACAAAAUGCUUCUUUUUGA